CCUCCUCCAAAACACAUCACUAGAGCCAGCUAUGGUCGGAUAUCACGUCCUAAUUGUAUACACCAGGCUGAUAUACUGUUUCUAACACAUGACAAAUAUAAAGGAAAGACAUACAAAGCAGUAUUAAAUAUAGUGGAUUGUGCGUCAGAAUAUAAGGCCUCGGUUCCUCUCAUGUCAAAGAAAAAUAAUGGUCAGGAAUGGAUGGGCGAAACUAGUAGAAUAAUGGAGAAACAUGGUGUAGUAAUUCGAGUUAUUGGUCCAUAUUCCCAUCGUAAUACAGCAAUUGUGGAGAGAUUUAAUAAAACUCUAGCUGAAAUGCUAUAUAAGAUUCAAUAUAGCGUUGAAA